AAAUUUUGUACACAAAGAAAAUAUCAUGGUUGGAGUUGAUAGAAAUGUAAUUUAUUUUGCAGACACAUUUGAGCAAAGUUAGUGCAAUUUGCGCGAAUUAUGGGAUAUCUGAUGUCAGUCUACGUGACUCUGUUUCGUCUAAUUAUCUUUUGUUUUACCACAAACUCUUUCUAGCUCAAAGCCUUGAUUUAAUUUUUAUGAGCUCUUUAACAAAAGGAACUUAAUGAUCAAAGACGAAAUCAUCGCAGUUAGCCCUCCUUAGAGCGGGGAGUAAUUAUCUUCUUUUAUAAGACUACAUGUAAAUAAGUUGAUCGAAGCCAGUCUUUGUCUUCCUAACAAUAGUAUAGGUCGUCAACACAAUGUCCAGCUCGUUGAAAGUGUAUUGCUUUGCGAGCUAAACUAGCCUCGUGGAAGAAGAAAUCUUUGGUUAUAUGAGCGACGACGAGUCAUCGCUUCCACGAAAAUUCCUUGGCUUGCGAUCCAGUUUGGGAAUUUCAAAAUGGCGGGCAUUCCCCAUCAAAAACAAGUUAAUAUGAGGGUUAUCUUUCGCAAUUACGACAAAGAUUCGGACGGAUUUAUAAGUGUGAAAGACCUUGUUAACGUCUUCAAGGACUUGGGCGAAGAAAUAGGCGAUGAAGAACUGAAAGAACAUCUUCGAAUCACAGGUAAAUUAAAUAUUCAUAUUCAAAUUAAUACGCGACUGCAAAAUUCUCAAAGUUGAGACUCAUGAUAUUAACUUGCAGCGUCCAUUGCAAAUCUUAUAAAAACAAUAGCCAAAAUUACCGUACUGCACGGUCUGAACGACUCAUAGGAAGCCCCGUAGACUAAGAAAAUGACGAUGAAUAAAUAUGACAGUAUUUCUUUGGAAAUUACAUUUUUUUUUCAGGUUUUCUUCUAGAAAUAUUUCAUUUUUAGACGAGAAGUGGAAACACAGGAACGAAAAAAAAGCGUGUGUCCUUAGAGAAAUAGAUGAAUAAUUUGGAAAUUGGUGUCAGGUUUCAUGAAACUUUAUGUAAAAAGAAACGCUGUGAAUAUUAGUGCCAGUGUGUGAACGACUCUAGGAUAGUUUGUUGUCUACUCUCCAUUUCAAGACGAUAUCUGACUCAUUCUACAGGUAUAAAUAACCGACCAAACACGACGGUUUCUUAUGACAGCUUCCAGCGACUCUCCAAACAGAUUUUCCGCGAGACAAAGCGUGAGCGGCGUUUAAAAAGAGUAUUUCAAGAAUUUGACGUGGAGAAGAAAGGCUACAUCGAAGCACAAGGAAUAAAAAGAGUUUUACGCAGGCUCAACAUUGAUCAUACCGAGUCUGACAUAGAUCUAAUGAUCAAAAUGGCCGACACGAAGGGAGACGAGAGAGUGGAUUUCGACGAGUUUAUUCAAAUUUUUGGCGAGUCGGAUUUUAUUUAGAAAUUCGGCUACAACGAGGCAAGUUCUCUUGUAGAAACUUGAAAUGGUCAUAAAACUUGUCAUAUAUUGAUAAAGAACGUAAUUUUAAUACGGUAAAAAAGUUUAUUCAAACAACUUGUUAAACUUUUCAAGUGUUCCAUAGUUCUACUAAACCUAACAAUUAGUCCGAACGGGUCCUGAUAGAAAUAGAGAGAUUACGACGAUGAAUUAAACAUUAAUAACAGCGACGGAGCAUCAAUAUUUGCAAGAAACUGCAUGAUAGGUAAAUGUCUACGAUAAAAAAUUUACUUUAUUGACGAACGACCAAUUCAUCAAAUUCACUGACAGACUUAAAAAUUAUUGUAAUUAAAAAGUAUCCUGAAUGUCACCAGGAACUUUCAAUAAAAACUACAAAACAUG